AUGGGUCAAGAAUUAAACCUGAGAUAUUACAAGAUGACUUGUUACCAUUGCAAUAAAGUUUGGGCAAGAGGAAAACCUAGUGUCUUAAAAGCUCAUCUCGCAAAUGAGUGUUUGAGCACACCUGAAGAUAUUAAUAAAUAUUGGCGUAAUAAGCUUGCAGAAAACAAUAUUACCUAUACUAGAACAUUUCGC